AUGGAGCUGUACCUCAGGGCCUGCUCGAAGACCGCCAAUGCCGCGGCCCGCAAAGCGGCCAACUGCAGCCUGGCCGUGGGCAACCAGGAGUGCGGAGACGGGACCCACAAAACCACCCUUCCACGGGUGGGAGCAGCCCAGCUACUGGAUCUGCCUCUGGGAGUCAAACUACCUAUGAUCCCAGGAAGUGAUACUGUAUUCUUUACUACGAAUAUCAGUGAGAAGCUUUUCCGACCUUCAUAUGGUUUUAACCUAGAUGAUCCUUAUUGUCGACUUUUGGAAACCCAAUAUAAAAGUCUUCAUGAUCCACAUUUAAGAUCCUAUUAUAAGCGCAAAGAUAUCUUGAGGAGACUAAAGAAAGGUGGCUACAUCACCAGAAAUAAUAAAAUUAUAUGUUCCUUGAGGGAAUUGAAUAAGUAUAGGCAAUAUCUUACCAGCUUAAAAUUGGACUUUGAAAGAAACUAUUUAAAAGAACAACAAACAAUUACAAAACAACUCCAUAAGCUGCAAGAAAACUGUCACAUCCCUGACUACUCUGAUGUUACACGGGUUCAGAAAUGGUUAUUACAGGAAAACGCUCAUUCUCAUUCUGUUAAGGACCAGGAGUGGUCAGUAAGGCACAGGUAUUUGGAUAUGAUAAGUAAGGAAUUAGAACAAGUAGAGCGCACAGCAGAAGAACAGCGUCUUCUUCGAAUGGACAGGGAUGAGAGGCGACAGCGGGAAUACACGAGAAGAAAACUUAGUCUUCGUAGGAAAAUUGAAGAGGAAUGGAAGACGAAGGAGAUGCUGCUGCUCACAAAGAUUGGAGAAGAGGUGAAAAGAGAGCAGAGGGUCGAGGAACAGCGGCGCAGAAGCCGAGAAGAGAGUGACAGGAAGAAACAAGCAUUGCUCGAGAAAAAAAUGGCUUAUCAUUUACAAAAAAUGCAGGAUACUGGCUUUAAAGAAGAUACAGUAAAAAACGGAUAUGAACACAGAGGACAAGAAGGAGUCCAUUAUGAGUCUUCUAUUAAGAAGAGAAAGAAGAGUUUUGAUGACAUAAAAGUAGUUUAUCCUGCUGAUGACCAGAAAGCAUAUAAAGGAGGAUAUGGAAAUGGAACAAAUCCUAUUACUCAAUCUCAAAGUUCAAAGAAUUUAACAAAAAUAUCAGGAUCUGCAGUUGUUUGUAAUCCAGAAAUACAGAACUGUGCUUCAGAACAAAAGAGAAAUGAAGAAACAGUCACAAAACCAGGUGUUUGUGACAAUAAAGGUGAUGAAAAUGCAUUAAACAGGGAUUCACUUACUUCAACACAAUCUUCACCCACAAGGAAAUCUUUCAGACCUUCCCAGUCACAUUUGGGACCUCCAAAAAAAGAGAAGGAGGCAGAUGCUGACUGUAAUGGAAAGCCAAGCAAUAGGUCAAGAUACAUCACUGAAACAGGACCUAAGACUUAUGCUGCAGCUCACGGUAUCUUUUCUUCUCCAGUUUCCUCAAAUCUACAACAGAACCUGCAAAAUUGCUUGCAUGAAAAAGUAACUUCUGAAGAACUGAAUAGUAUAAUUCAAAAUAUCAUGACCUGGGUUGUAGCUACAGUGACCAGUAUAUUGUAUCCAGCUAUCACAAAAUAUGAAGAAAGAUUGCAAAGCAAUACCUACCCUGUGUGUGAAGAAUAUGACCUUUCUUCAGAUAGCUCAAGUUUCUGUAGUACAUGCAGUGAAGGGUUUACAUAUAGAACUUACACAUCUGGAGCAACUAAAACUUUUCAGGCAGAGCCUCGUACAUUUGCUUUUGACUCACAAGUGAGAAGACCAAUCACACCUUUGAGACCUCCUUCUACACAUGUGGAAAAAACAGUUAUGGGCAAAGCGUAUCAAAAGAAAGACCAAUCUAUAACAUCUCAAAUCAAAUACAACAAAACCACAUUUGAAUAUACACACCCUAAGCUCAAAAGUAGUAAAUCUGACAGUCAGCUUUUUGCAUCAUCUGAAACAGGUCCAAAAAAAUCUAAGGAUGCUACCACAGAGACGGAUAGUGGAGAGACUGCACUGUUGCAUAUUAAAAAAUCAAAGGCCAUGGAUGAGAUGAGAAAUCUAAAGAAUGUUUUGGUAAAUUUUAAGUGUCACUUGAAAGGGGAAACUCAACUGAUUUUAGAAAGUAUUUUUCAAGAAAUAAUGUGUGACUUGACUCAGGCAAUUCCCUCUCUUUCUUCUGUUACUGCUGAAGUUUUUGUUGACCACUCUGACACGGACAAAGAAGAGUUGGUAUCCAGUGUUGAUAUAUGCUCAGUAGCUUCAGAGAUAGUGGAAAAUAUGCUCGAGAAACUUGAGUGUGCAGUUGAGAAAAAAUGUGCUCAGAUAUUUUCACAAGAAGAUUUGUCAGUUGACACCAAAGCAAGCUUAACAACUAGCGGUGGCUAUCUCUCAUCAUUUAAUGCAAAAUCUUCAGAAGAUUCAUUGCCUUAUACUUUGGAGCCAAUGUGUGAUAUUGCAGAGGAUAUGGUACAUGCUAUUUUAGAGAAGUUGGUGACUCUUACAUGUUAUAAGAGAAAUGAGUUUCCUGUUGAAAACACAACCAAACAUUCCUUCUAUCAGCAUAAGUCAGACCAAAUGUUUGCAGACUCUCAAAAACCUGAGAGAUUUAAGUCUCAUACUAUACCAGACACAUCUAAUCUGAUUGUCAAAGAAGAAAUACAAAAUUUAAUAGCCAGUAUUUUUUCACAGUCCUCAGUGGUUGGUCAUAUAGAGGAAGCCAUCAGCACCAUACUAGGCUAUGUACAAAAUGAACUUAAUAAUGAGAGACUUAUUGCAUCUGAAGAAACGGUAGUGCUUCUUCAGUUACUAGACGACACAUUAACUCAGCUCCACCAAGAGCCACUGAAAGCAAGUGUUCAAACACCUAGACAGCCUAGACCAAGAAAUACUGAUGCUAAAGAAAAGUACAGACUUGCUGAUACUAGUUUAUCUGAUGAUUCUAGGACCAAACGAUCAUUUCCACCUGUUAAUGUCCCAGGGAUGGUCCUGUAUUCUGAAGAUGAUGAUGAAGAAAUAGAUAACCUAGUGCAAAAUGUGCUUGAUUCAUCCUUUAAUGUUGAAAAAUCAAAAUCAAAAGAACAAACAACAAAAUGGUCUACAAAGAGAGAUACUUGUUUUGAAUACAAAAUAAAUAAACCACCUACUAAAACUGCCUCUCAAAGCAAAGUUACAUGCCAUUGCAAUAGGGGAUUAAAAACUAGGUUACCAUCUCCUAACGAUGAUAUUUUAAAGAAAAUGCCCUGCACAAAUAACGAUACUUCAGUUUUCAGCCACGAUCAAAAAAAUCAAAUUCAAAAGGCUUCAGAAAACAUAGUAAAACAUAUUUUAGCAGAAAUAGUCAAAGAUGUAUCUCCUCUUCCUCCAAGUCACCUGGAUAGCAAAGUUAGCAUAGACUCCUCUGUUUUUACUUCAAAAGAAUCUUCAGGACAGUCAUACCAAGAAUGGAUAGACCACUUAUUUUCUGUGUCAGAAAUCAGUGAACUAGCACAAGAAAUAACAGAAUCCGUAUUAAACAUACUUCAUAAAGCUUCAAGGUACAUUCCCAAUACCAUUAAGAGUGCCAUUGCAUCAGUUCAUCAAACUUUCCUAGAUUGUUCUGACACUCCUGACAAGGUCAAAGAAACCUCAAAUAAAGUGCCAUCCAAAGUAUGGUUUGACAGUGAAAAGAAAAUGAAGUAUUUAUCUUCACUAGAUAUAGAGCCUUCCUGGUUAGGUGCAGAAAGUGAACCCCAGCCUGUCACUAAUGUCAGUGAGAAGAUUGUUGAUACUAUUUUUAAGAUGCUGAAGUCAUUUGUUUGUCCAAAGUUGAAAACGUGCUUCAACUCUUUACCAGGGAAGAAGUCUUCAAUUCAGUCUCAACUUAGCAUUUAUACAACCAAAAUCGUUAAGAUUGUUUUGCAUGCCAUCGAGAAUGAACUACAACUCAACAAACAAAAACUAAAUCUUAGCAAAACCGAGCAGUCCAAGGGGUUCUUUUCUUAUUCUGAUAAAAAAUCAGAUUCUGUUGCCACAGAUGUCAAUGAUGAUAUCAUGGAAAGUCCAUUGCUGACAUGCAUUUGUGAGUUGUUAUCAAGUGAAGAUCAAAGGUAUACUUCAGUCUCUUCAGAUAAAACAAUGCCUGAGAGUAUUCAUACACAAAACAGUUUGCCAAGUAAACAGGGUACAGUAGCUUUUAAGCAGUAUUUGGCAAGACCCUGUCUUCUCCAUAGUGCCAUUAAUGAAAAUAACUUGGAAGACAGUAGCAAAUUGCAUGUGCUUGAUCGCAUUGGGGAAAUGCUCCAUGAAAUGCUAUGGGAAGUCCUGGGUACCCAUCCUUACUCUCAACCAUCUUGUAGUCAGCCAAACACAGAAAAGACAAACAGUGAUGCAUCACUGACUUCUCAUAUUCACUUCAUCUCCAAGGCAAUCCUGGAAUAUAUCCUUGGAAAAUUAUGCAAUGUUGAUAUAGAUACUAGUUUUGUAGGCUCUGAAUUUAAAGUCAUCUCAGAUUCCCUGGAUAUUGACAACCUAUCAUUUGAUUCAAUUAUUGAGGAAAUGGCCAAAUGCACCAACAUAAUCUCCAACUUACUUUCUAGAAUGAAGGAAGGUAAUAAAACCAAGGCAAAAAAUAUUGUUCCAUUGUCUUGCAAAGCAGAGAACUCAGAAGAAAUGCACCUAAACAAGCUGAAAGCUCUUGCUUCUGAUAUUCUUAAUACAGUAUUUUCUAAGCUGGAAGGAUUUGCCAAUGGGAAUUUAGAAAGGGUAGGUGUUGUUAGUGGUGUAGACAAAAAAGGCAAUCAAAUGGAUAAGGGAUGUGUAAGGGACAAUACUUUUACAGAUGCACAUGAUGAAUCCUUGCAAUCUGCUUUGUACACACAUGCAGAAAAGAUAUCAGGUGCUAUUUUGAAAGCCAUUCAAACAGAAUUAAAUACGAACUCAUCAGAUUUUAGCACAAGUAUAAAAACCUCAAAACCUGAGACAACAAUGCUUAUGAAUAUAGUUGAUUUAAUUUUGGAUGCAGUAUCUUCAGAUAUACUGAGUGAAACUGAAUCUGAUAACAAAAGCAUUGAAAAUUAUGGAUACCGGCCAACCUAUGGAAAUUUUCUUCCUGGAGGAGCUGAAGCUGAGACAUUUCCAGAUGAUGACGCUGAUGGAAGCAAAGAAUUCACUAAAGAUGUUACACCACCAAGAGAGGAAACUAAAACAUAUUCUCCUGAACAAUGGAUUCUAGAAAGAACCUUAAACAAAAUUGAAGUGAAACUCAAAGAACCUCAUAAAUCUCCAAUUGUUCCUAUUAUAAGAAACAUUUUGAAUGAAAUAUUUCAAAGUGCUCUAAUUAGUCACCUAAGUGUGUUUCCCCCCUCCCGCAUUGGUGGUGUGCCUCUCAAUGCUCAUGACUCAUCUGCUCAAACAUCUGUUCAAUUUACGGAUACUUUGGCGGGUCCUUUAGUAUCUGACACAGAUGUAAGCACAGUAGUAAAUGAUGUCGUUCGAACUGUAUUUCGUAAACUGUUGUCAGCUGCCAUGACAGAAAAAAGUGGAAGUGAAAAUAGAUGUGAAACUAUUAUCUUUUCAACAAAUGUGUCUUUUCGUGAACAUAGCUAUGGAUUGAACUCCUCUGGAGCUAUGUUGAGCAGAAAUCCACAUACAUUUCAGUCUUGUUGGAAUGUUGACAAACAGAUAAAGGUAAAUGUAGUUGAAGAUAUUAUACAGGCAAUAUUAACAAAUUUAGAAACUUUUGCUACUUCCAAAGUAGAAUCUCUCUUUUGUCCCCAAGUCAGCUUCACAGUUCCAGUGACUUUGCCUAUCCAGCAGAAUAAAAGUAAAGCAUCAGCCAAAGACUCCUGUUCUGAUGAGCAAUUUUCCUGUAGUCUAAUGGAUCCUAGUGUGUCAGGAAAAACUGACUCACUGUGCCAAAUAUCUUUGUCUAAAUUAAAUAUUUAUGCAAAGGAAGUGGCUAGAAAACUUUUACAAGGAAUCAAACAUGAGUUGGAUAAAGAAAGGGAUAGUCCUUCUUUGACUCCCAACAUAAUAAUUUCUGAAAGUAUUGCAAGUCAGAUUGUUAACACAGUGCUGGAUAUUGUAUCAUACAAUAGCAAGUAUGACAAAAACAACUCUGGCAAAGAGAAUGAUUCAGAUCAGCAUGAUGUUAUCAUUGAAAAGCUGUUCAAUAAGACUGAAUAUCGAAAAAUACUUGAGUUUAAAAUACAAGAUACUAUUGAAGCUAUCUUACAUAAUAUUUAUGAAAAUGUCCUAUAUCAGAAUAAUGCCUCAUUUCCCACACCCACUCUGAAAUAUAACAUAGAUGGCAAAUAUUCAGAAGCAAGUUCUGAAACAUUCAUGAUGGAUGGGAAUACCCCUAAGGUUUCAGUUCCCAAAUCUGACGUCAUUUUGCUCUCUAAAGAUAUUGUGGACAUUGUUCUUCAUCAUCUAAGUUCUUCCAUCAUGCCUGGUAUAAAUUGCAUGGAUACUGCCUCUCCAAGACUAAACUGCUAUGGCAUAGUUCCACAAACACAGUGUCAACAAUCUCUUUUCAUAGCACCAAAAAGUAAAGGAAAGACAGAGUAUUUCUCACGUUACAAAAAUAAGAAACUAGCUUAUGAUGAUAAUGAUGAUUACAUACCUAUAGAGGAAGAAGAGUCCACCAAGAAAUCUUCUCCUGACCCAUAUGAGGAAAAUGCCAACUCCAUUACUCAAACUAUUUUUAAUCGGUUACAGUCUUUUGCUACAGAAAGAAUACAUUCAUUAAUUACUCUGCCUUUUAAGUUUAAAGAAAGAUCACUUGUUAACCUGAGAUUGGAAGAUUGCAAAGAAGAUGACAGUAUUUUUCAUGAAUCAAGCCAAGUUGAACCUGAGGCGAAUGCCCUGAAAAUAUCAACAACUGAAGCCAUUGUCAGCCAAGAGUUUACAGAAUCCACUUUUGACAGUUAUAGAGAAAAACUUGGGACCUCAAUUCACUUAUCACAAGCUAGUCUUAAGGACUAUGCUGACUUCAUUGCUAAUAUUAUUUUGAAGCUUAUUAAAAAUGACUUGGACUUACAAAUCCAAAAGAUGCAUGCAUAUCCAAAGAACUUCUUCCAAAAACAUAUCAUUGUGAGUGAAAUUGUCAACAGUAUCUUAAAGAUAUUAUAUAAAAAAAGAUCGGAAAAGGAAACCUUUUUUCCCUCAAAAGAGGAUCCUAACUCUUCACAGUUAAUGAUAGCAAAUAAAACAUUGCUUGGACAAAAGGAAAGUGGAGAAACUACCACCAUAUCACUGCUUACAAGUGAUUCAUUAGAAGAAAACCAUAUUCCAUUGGAAAAGGAAAGCCAAAGAAUUGUUUUAGAAGAAAUAUUUAUGAGAAAUGGAGAAGAAGCAAAACAAAAAGAAAGAACUGAGUUGCUCAGUGCAGUGGAAGAACAUUUAAAUAUGCUGAAUGAAAGAAUUAGGGAAGUCAUAGGCCAUUUGCCUCCAUUUAAUGAAAGUCCCCACUUUAUAUCAAAUUCCAAAAUUAAAAUAUCCAAUAUAACACAGAAAAACUUCUUUCAUUCACCUAUUAGCAAUGUGUCAAUUGAUAUACUGGAAAAUGUUUUGGGAGAAAUGCACUAUGUUAUUGUGACAUCAUUAUACAAAAGUAAUGAAAGUAGGGGAGAGGCAGAAACAUUGGAAAACAAUAAUUCCUCCUCACCAGUGAAAUCGUCAUGCUUUGGAGAAACAAACGAGUCAAGGCAAAGAAGUACACCGCCUAGAUGGGAGCUAUUACAGGUAUAUCCUUACACAGACAGUCAAAAUGCUACUGUUUUAGAAAACACUUCUUUGCAGUGUUUACCAUUGCAGUUUGCUAGAGAUUUAAUCCAAAUGGUUCUCAAAAUGAUAACAAAUUUUGUGUCACUGAAUCUAGAGGAGUGCCUGUCACAUGAAGGUUUCUAUGAUGAGUUGCACCUACUGAGAUUACCCAACUCUAAAGUUAGCCCUCAGGACAGCCCUAGGCCUGGUCGCAAAAUAAGCUUAAAAGCAAGAUCAAAAAUGACCACUCUGUCAAAAUUUAAAACAAAACCACCCCUAGGAACAAGUGCUAAGGCCAAAAGCAAGACCAAGUUAAGUAUAGGAGAGAAGACACCAAGAGAGAACCAGUCCAAAACUUCCACGGGACUGUCACAAAUUCUGUCAAUAGGUGAUGCUAAAACCUUACUAAAAACAAAGUUGCCAGCCUCAGAACUAAUAAUGUAUGCCCAGAAUAUAAUAAGUGAUAUUUUGGAAAGUAUUAUGAAAGAGCUUGAAAGGGUGUUACACACUAGAACUAUGGAAAAUAUAAAUUCUUUACCAUCAGAUCAAAUCUUGGAAGCAAGUAAAAUAGUAAAUUCAGUUUUGCAAGAACUGUAUGUUACAAAUUAUCACAACUUUCCCUAUCCAAUAAGCUUUUCAAAUCUGGAUGGUCUUUCUAUUUCAAAGGAGAAUUUAAGUACUGGUUCCCCUACAGAAGAACAAGCAUGUUUUUACUUGGAAAAUGUUUCCUCACAGUUAGAACAGAUUUUUCCUAAAGAGGGUAUACUUAAAAAAAUGUUUGACAAAUGGCAAACUGAAACAAAUGAUACAGAAAAUGAAAAAUUUAAGCUAUUAACAAUUGCUGAAAAUGUUUUGACUGAAAUUUCAAUUAAAGCAAAAGAUUUAGAAUAUUCCCUUUCACUUUUAAACUUGCCACCUCUUGAAGACAGGGAAAGCAGUCUCUACAGUUCCUUUAAAGGUGGUUGUACUAGAGCUGAGGAUACCAAGGCACAAAUUGAUAUGUUUUCAAGGGAAAUUGUUGAAAUGCUAUUUGAAAAAUUACAACUGUGUUUUUUGUCUCAAAUGUCUACUCAAAACAGUAAAGAAACUCUAGCAGAUAGGAAAGAACACACUCCUGCUAAAAGUAGACACGGAGUUCCAGUCAAGCACCUCUCUCGUAGUAGGCCAGUUAGUAAUGUGAAGAUCAGAAGUCACAUUUCUAUGGGCUCCAGCAACCAAAUUGUCCAAGACAUUAUAGAAAGGGUCUUAAACAUGUUAGAGUCAUUUGUGGACUUGAAAUUUAAGCAUAUAUCUAAAUAUGAGUUUUCUGAAAUUGUGAAGAUGCCUAUAGAAAAUCUAUGUCAAGUGCAACAAAGACUAUUAAGCAAAAAGAUGUUGCCAAAGUUACAACCACUGAAAAAGUUUUCUGAUGAAUCCAAUUCAAGUUCUUUUAUAUCCAAAGAAAACAUACAGAAUACUCUCCUGCAGGUUCAUUCAUUCCAUUCAGAAUUAUUUACAUAUGCAGUUAACAUUGCUAGUGACAUGCUUAAUAUUAUUAAGAAUAAGUUAGAUAAAGAAAUAAACCAAGUUGAACCAUCUUCAUCUAGCAUGCUGAAAGAGAAUAUUGCAGUAAGUGAGAUCAUCGGCACACUAAUAGACCAAUGUUCUCAUUUCAAUGAGUCUUUGACCAAAAACUUUCCACAGAAAAGUUUCUUCAAAGGAACUGAAAAUGUUUACAUUGUUAACCAGGUUGAAAUGGCAUCUGAUAUGAAAAUGCCCACAUCAAAGGUAACAGAAUCCCAUGUGGAAAAUAAUCCUCUGCAAAGGAGUAUCUCUAGCUUGGUGUCUUAUUCAGGGGAAGAAAUGAAAGAAAAGUUUAGAAUCUCAUCAAAUUCACCCUCCCACAUCAGUUCCCCUGUAGAAAACACAUUGAAAAUCUCAGCAUCAAUAGGAAGACCUGGUUCAAAAACCAUGCCAUCAAGUCCUAGAAAUAAUGUACAAAACUACAGCCUACAGAAACCUAAAUUUGAACACUUUGAUGAACCUACAAAAGGAACUAGCACUCUCCCUGAGGGCAGUGUCUUACAAAAACUGUUUAAGAAAGCAAAUGAUUCCACAGAAGAGUCACUGAAACAAGCCAUGUCAUUCAUAGAGAUGGGAAAAGGUGAAAACCCAAGAGUGUUUCACUUUGAGAGCCCCCACACAAUUGAGCCCAGAGAAGUUCCUACAACUGUGACUCCACUCAGAAUAUGUUUAGCUGCAGACAGCAUCGUCAACACUGUGCUAUCAAGCUAUGAUUUUCCAUGUCAUCCGCAUGUUAAUGAAAGCAAAGAAACAAUGAACCCAUUUUUCCUAUCAAAGCAACAUCCUUUGCCUGAAAUAGCAGCAGGAGAAAUGAAUACAGAGAAAAGUUUGCUUAGGAUGUGGUGUAGGCAAAAUAGCUAUAUGCCUGAGGAAGAAAGCAGAAGUGCUGAGGCCUGCAGGAGACACUUUUCUUUACUGCAAAAAUGGAAAAAGAAGGACCCAAAAAUAAAAGUAGAAAGUUUGGAAGGAACUGAAGUCAUGGAUUUUGCCGAUCAUGAGCUGGGUCCGAAUGAAGUUCACUUGAUAGCAAGACAUGUGACUACACACGUGGUUAUACACCUGAAGAACUUCAGAACUGGAGUUUCCACAGAAAAGAAGUUGUCAAGGAAAAACUCUGAAACGAAUGAGCCCUUAGGAAGCAUAUACAGUAAUUCUUCAAUUUAUCAAUUAUGUGACUAUCUCACUCAAUCAGUUAUUUGGCAUUUAGUUUCAAACAUGUCUGAUGGCACCCAAGAAGGGAGUGAAAAAGACAAAGCAUAUGAAAGCCAAGAUUCAAUAGCUAAAAAAGUUAUUUCAAUUAAUUUUCAAGCGUAUAAGAGCAGGUCCAUUUCUAUUGGGGAACUUGCUCUAAGUAUUUCUGAAGUGAUCAUUGAAAUUCUUUCUAAUGGUAACAUUAUAAGCACUGACACUGUACAGUUGACAGCAUCCAAAAUCACAAAAUAUACGUACUGUCCAGAAGUAACUUCUUCUGACUUUGAUGAUUUAUUUCAGGAUCUCAUAAGAGGAGUGAUCUUUGUGUUAUCCAGAGAACUAGGAAUAAAUCAGCACUUUGAAAACAAUGGGAGAAAAAAAUCAUUUUGCACACUUAAAAAUAAAAAUGUAUUCCUUUGCAACAAAGCUGCUACCACAGAAAGUCAGAUAGGCCCCAGAGACUGGGAAACAACUCACCAAAUUACACAAUGUAUUCACAGGGAUAAUUUAAAUUACCUGGCUCAUAAGUUAAACAAUCUUGUUGGUAGCCUUAAAACUCGUGAAUCAAAAGAAGUAGUUGACAAAGUUUUUGGUAUUGUCUUAGAUUUAUUUUGGCCUGAUGAAUUCUCAAAUGAGGACAUAGACUGUGGUCAAAUAUCAAGAGCAUGUGUCUCUUGCAAAAAUUAUCAACAAAGCAAUAAAAUGCUUACUAACAACCUAGGGCUCUCUCCUCAAUCAGUUUUUCUUCUCAACAUUGUAUGUGAGAAACUCAUUCGAACGCUUCUGGAAAAAUACACAGGCACCAUCUUCCUUGAGAAUGGUGCUCUUUCUCAUGAAGUAACUGAAGAAUGUCAACUGUUAAAAAUACUUCAAAGUGUAGAAUAUAAAGAUUCUGAUUAUUACAAGACAUCAAUGGGCUGUGAACAAUUUCAAGGAGAUUAUAUGUCAGAUCUUUUGGAAAAUCUGGCAGGAAUGGAUCAAGAUUUAUUAUCAUCAGACUGUGUACUUAAUAUUGUUUCCCACAGUUUGGUUAAAUCCUUGCUGGAUAAACUAUCUCAAAGUUUUCCCCAAGCUCCUUUUGAAAACAAAUAUUUGAAAUACAGAUCUAGAGACAUACAGUCUAGUUUCCCAAAAUCAAAAAAUACAAAAUUAACAGAGUCACAACAAGUUAGGGGCUCUUUAGGGUUGAUGAAUUAUGAUAACAAUUCUUUGAACAGAUCCUUGAAAAAUGCCAACACAGAAAGUUUCAAAAUACAAUCGAUGUUUGGCAAGGAAUGUAGAGCAAAGCCUUCUUUAGCACCUCUUGGUAGAGAGGAAACAAUGGAAAUGAAUAAAAUAGCCUUUCAUAAAAAGCUCCACCAAAGAGAUAUGAAUACAAAUGUUUAUUCAUCCACCCUUUUAGAGGAAAUAAUUUCUGAAUUGUUUUUACAUCUCUCUACUUCAUUGUGGAGAAAAAAUGCAAAUAUCACUGAGGCCUGGCUCAAUGAGAUAAAUACAUUACUUAUCUACAGUGUAGUGAAUGAGUUUAACAAAGCACAAGUUACUGUUCUGAGGAAUGCAGAAGAAAAGCAGUGUUUUCCAUCAGUCCAUAGAGAAACUGCUAGUAAGAUUGUUUUCUCAGUAUAUUAUGAUGUUUUAGAGCAGUAUGAAUUUAUAGUGACCUAUGGAAAUCUGGCACAUAACAAUACUUCCAUAGCAGAACGAAUCUUCAGUGGCAUAUUGUUAGAAAUUUUGGCCUACCAGCUCCCAGCAGGCUUUAUGAGAAAGCUCAAGCCACAUUCAUACCACACUCUGAAUGGUGAAAUUAUACUGCAUAAACUUCAAAAUAAUUUAAGAAAAAUUAUUUCUGGACCUAGGUUUUCAAGAGGCUAUAGCACCAUGUUACCACACUCAUUUUUAGAAGAUGUCAUCAGAAGAGUUUUAGCUCAGCUCAUGCUUCCAUCUAUUAGGCCUUUAUCUUUAGAAAAAGAAUAUUUCAUGAGCUCAGAUUUUAAUAAACUGUCCACCCGCAUAAUAAAUAAGGUUAUAUCAGCCAUUUCAAAACAUAAAAUCUGGUUCUCCAUCUAUGAUAACCAAAAUCUGUGUUCAGGAAAAAACAUCCAGAAGAUGGUAGAUUCUGUCUAUAGUAAUAUUUUACAAAUGUCUGAUUCUCUUGUUUCAAUACAGAAGAGUAUAAUUAGCCGGAGUCCAAUUAUGGUUGACCAAAUUGCCAGUUUCAUUAUCCAAGAGAUUAUUGAAAAUCACCUUCAACCAUUUUUAUCUGGAGAGAUUUUAUGUCGUCCAAGAACACCAUUGGAUGCAGUGUCUGAUAUGGUCAACCAAGUUCUCAGUGAAGUCACUGAGUCACCCAAAGUCCAGAAGCCAUCAUUCUCAGGCAUUUGCCCUGAUACAUUUAUUAAGGAAAUUGUUGCCAGAGUUUUAUCAAAAAUAUGUAGCCCAAAACCUUACACUAAUGUUGAGCUGGAAAACAUGACUCAAAAAAUAGUAAACUCAGUGAAUAGCCAUUUAAAUAAAGCCAAAUUUCACAUGUUAUGUGAUAAGCAACAAUCCUUUCUGCUUGUUGGUAGAGAUGUUGUGGAUGAAGUUGUCACCUCGGUUUACAGGAAUGUGUUAAAGCAGCAUGGGAUUGAUGCUGAUAUUGACAGUGAACCUGAAAUCAGUGAUGUUUUUGUGGAAGCUAUUACCAAAUUAAUUAUAGAAGCUGUUUCAAACUACCUUCUUCACCCAUUGUUUUCUGGUGAUCUGUCAUCUUCUUCCUGCUCUGAAUCAAUGGCUGAAAAUAUUGUUCAUGACAUCCUUGGUAGCAUCAGUAAAUCUGAUAAGCCAAGUCAGAAUUUGCCUCCAUAUAACACCUUCCUGCCAUACACAUUUUUAGAAGAUAUGAUCAAAGCACUAUUUUCUAGAUUCUUUCCUUCUGCAGAUAGUGUGGUUCCUAAUCCAGAAACAAAAAGAGAUAAAUCACAAGUAAAUUUUAAUAAAAUUGCUUGCAACCUUAUAAGUGAUAUUAGGAUGAAAAUUUCCCAACAUGAAAUCCGAUUUUCAAAAGAUGAAGAAAAAACAAAGUUUGUUUAUUCAGAAGAUGAUGUUCAGCAUCUUGUUGACUCAGUGUUCAAAAAUAUUUCUGGUUCAAAAGAAUCAAUGGAACAGAAUAUAACAAGAAGUGAUGAUGUUUUAAUUGAUAAGCUAGCAGGAUUUAUUAUUAAAUAUGUUUGUGAACAACAUCUCCAGCCAUUUUUGGACAGAAAAAAAUUACUGACUUCAUACACAUAUUCUAAUGAUGAGAGACAGCAGGUAUUCUAUGCCAGUGUUUAUUCUGCAACAUUUUUGGAAGAUGUGGUCUCUGGCAUUUUAAGCAAAAUAUUUCACAGAGUAGUAGGUAUUGUGCAAGUGGAGUCAGUAAAAAAUUCAGAAGAUGUCUUGUUUCAUCAAGCUGAAAAACUCAUAUAUUUCAUAACAGAGGAAUUCUCAAAAGCCCAUGUUACCACUAUAGAUAAUGCUGAAGAACAAUUUUGUUUGCCUCUAGUAAAGAAAGAUGUAAUCAAAAAUAUUAUUGACACUGUAUACAGCAAAGUCUUAGCAGAAUAUGAAAUGGAUGUUGUGCCUGAUAAAGACUUUCUUGAUGACACAAAGAAACUGGCAGCAAGAGUAACUAAAUUUAUUCUGGCUGAAAUUUUUGAUUACCAAAUUCACCCAGAUAUUAUAGCAAAUCUGCCCUUUGAGUCACAUUCUAAACUUAGUGAAAAUGUUUUGAUAAAUAAAGUUCAUUAUGAGAUUAGCAAGUCAAGAUUCCGAAGACAGGCUUCAACAGUAUAUACAACCAUGCUGUCACAUAUUCACUUGGAAAAAAUAGUCACUCAGCUUUUAUCUCAAAGUAGCCCAUUUAAAUCCAUGUUAGAACAUCCAGAGAGUUCUCAGUCAGAGUUAAGUAAUACAGUCAUAAAACUGAUAAAUGAAAUCAUGUCAAUUAUAUCCAAACAUGCAAUAUGUAUUGUUAAGCAUGGAGGUGAAAAACAAAGUACAAUUUCAGAAAAAGAUGUCCAGUCCAUGGUUGAUGCAAUUUAUUCUGAUCUUUCUAAUUCAAAUGUAUAUCAGUCUCUUACAAAAGAUAAAAAAGGCAUAAGUACCAUACCUGUUUCAAAAAUAGCAAGUCUUAUAAUAAAGGAAAUUUUUAAUCAUCAUCUACAAUCAUUUUUAUCUGGAGAUAAAAGUCUGCUUUCAGCUUCAAUUGGUCAAACUUAUACACAGAAAGCAAUACAGCUUAAGCAAAGAGAAUUGUCUUUCAUUGUGAACUCAGCUGUCUUUUUGGAGGAAGUAAUUUCUGAGCUUUUAUGCAAACUUCUUUAUGAAUUUACAUGUAAUACCUUAGCUACUGAAAACUCGGAUACAGCAAAAGUUAAAAUAACUGACAUUGUUACAAUAUUAGUUAAAUCAAUUAUUCUAGAGUUCACCACAUCAGAGAUUUUAGUUGCAGAUAACUUAGAUGAAAAUUUGUUGUAUUCAAGCACAUAUAAAGAAAUGGUUCAAAAAACAGUGAGCUCAACUUAUGAAAACAUUUUAUAUGAAUACAAAUCAUUGAGUCAAGUAUAUAGGGUGGUACAAAAUGAUACUACCUGUUUAGGAAGGCAAAUAUAUCAUUUUCUACUGGAAGAAAUUUAUGAUUAUCAGGUGCAGUCAUUAGUUGCAGGAGAAUUAAUGUCUUCUUCCUAUUCUUCCCCCCGAGCUGAUACUAUCAUCCAGAACGUACUCAGCAGCAUCUUGAAGGAAAGCAAUGCCUUGCCAUCGUGCAUUACUGUGUUCCCUUGUUCUCUUCUAGAAAAUAUGAUUUACAAGCUCCUGGUGCAUAUUUUCCCUUCAAAAGAUACUUCAAAUGAACAAAAGGAGAAAGGGAUUGCAUCAGAGGAUGAUGAUGAGUUUAUGGCUGCAGCUUCAAAGCUAACUGAGGAAAUUAUAAGAGAAAUUUCUGAACAUGAGAUCCGACUUGCCACCGCAGAGGACAAUGUAGAAAGUGUGCAGUUAGAAGCUACUGAGAAUGUUAUUGACUCAAUAUGUAGCAAUAUUUUGAAAAAAUCUGAUUUCCAAGCUGAAGUCCAGAAAGAUGCACACAAGAAAAGUGGUUCCUUACUUACUAAAAUGGCUGGCUUCAUCAUGAAGGAGAUCAUGGAUCACCAUUUGCGACCAUUUUUAUUUGGCGAAGAGUUAUCUCCCAAAGCCUUACCUGGUAAAAAACAGGCUUCAGUCAUUCCUAAAUCUGGGAAAGAAAAGACACAAUCUUCUUUAUAUUCAGCUACAUUUUUGGAAGAUGUAAUUGUUGACCUUGCUCAUAAAUUCUGUUCUUCCCCAACAACUGCUGAAGAUUCUAGCAAAAAAGAAAUAACAGAGCCAGACAUUGCAAGCUUAUCUAUCAAAUUUGCAAACUCUCUCAUAGGAGAAUUUAGGAAAAAUAAAAUUAAAGUUUUGCCUCGUGCUGAAGAAAUAUUUUCUUUGCCUUCAGUUGGUAAGGAGACAGUUAAUGAAAUAUCUAAUUUUGUAUAUGAUCAGUUCAUAGGGAAAUUUGAAACUAGUGACAUUGAGAAAGAUGAGAAACGCAGCAUUGCUUUAGAAAUGAUUGCUGCAAUGACCCAGCAAGCAAUCUCUGCAUUCAAGAUUCAAACACUGUUUUCAGGAGACUGGUGUUCAACCUUCUUCUCAUCUUUAAAUACAGAAAACAUCACCCAAAGGGUUCGAUUAUUACCACAGAAGACAUCUAGGCAAAGAAGUAGAUGCUUAAAACAGAAACAACUUACUCUAUCAGAGCAAUCACAUAAUGUUCCACUAAGGUCAGAUCAGAAAAAUAAAAUCGAUAGUUUAGAAUUGAAGAGAGAUGCAAUGAGUAGAAAUAAAAGUUUCAAAACUAAAAACAGUUCAAUUCAAAAAGAUGACAUCCAAAGUCCAGUCCUCAACUCUAUAAGUGUCAUUACGAACAGCAAUAUCACCAACAUGAUGCCAGUGUCACCUUCAUUUGUCACUAAUGGAAAAUCAGAAGAUUUUAAUCAAAAACAUGAGAAUAUCUCAAAAGUGACUUCUCCAGCUACCAGUGAAAAAUUAAAAGAGAUGCAUAGACAAAAGUUGAGUGAAAUUGGGAAGGAAAACUCAGCUCAAAAAGAUGAGCCCAAGCAGAAUGUUGAGCCAUACCCAGGAUUAUCAGUUGUUUCUCUUGAUACAAAUUUUGAAAUAGAUAAAAAGAAGAUUGAUAAUACCAGAAAUGGUACAGAGACAAAAGAUGUCCAGCCCAUUCAUUCAUCUUUGAAGCACAGAGUAAUGGACACAGUGACCAAAACAGAGAAAGCAGUUGAAAUCAAUAUGGAGGAAGAACAACCCACAUAUGAUGAACAUGUUCAAAAUGUAAUUGAAAAUAUUUAUGAAAAUGUUUUACUGAUGUCUUCCUCUGAAGAGCCAUUGGAUAUUUCAAAAGCAAGAUACAACAAAAGCUCCCUCAGCAAUACACCUGUGGCUGAACCUGCAGUGGUUGGUAAAGGUUACACACAGCCAAAGGCCAUAUCAAUAUCAAGUCACACAAAUAUUCCUGUAAAAGAGAAAGACAGUGAAGAAAAAAAGAAAACAAGGAAAGAGCAUGAUAUAAAAAGAGAUGAGUUAAGUGAGAAAGAGAUUGAAGAUAAACCUAGUAAAACAGCCCAUCCUCAGAACUUAUCAGAAAAGAAGCCUGGGAUUUUUCCUGCUAAAUUUCUAGAAGAUGUCAUUAUUGAAAUGGUCAAUAAAUUAAUCUUCUCUUCCAUGCCAGAAUCAGAAACUUCUGAUGGGGGACCCAGUGCUAGUGGUGAUCAAAGUCAAGCUGAACUCUAUGACAUAGCUAUGAAACUGAUCAGCUCACUUUUGAAAGAAUUUUCAGAUGCUGAAAUUAAAGUGUUUAGGCCAGAUGAGGGAAAUGAUUUUUUCUCACAUGAAAGCAAAGAGUCUUCAAUUAUGACAGUACCUCCUAGGUAUAAGGAAUCAACUACUGAUGAGUCACUAAAGAGUGUUAAUAUCAAAACUUCAAAUAAAAUUCCACAUAUGCACAAAACAACUGAUGACGGUUCUUCUAAUGAGUUGCCUUUCUUGCCUAAAAUGGAGCCAAUUGAUAGAUCCUUGGUCAAUAAAAUUGUUCACUCUUCUCUCUGUAAUAUUUUAAAGGAAUAUAAAUCUCAAGAGUCUAUUUGCAAGAAUAUCAGCAGUAAUGGGAAAGAUUUAGCAAGAAGGAUAACUAGCACAGUGAUAAAUGAAAUGUUUCAAUAUCACCUUAACAUGAUAUUUUAUAGUGAUGAGGUACCAGCUUCAGCAUGUUACCCUUUGGAAUCUAGAGAUGUCGUAAAAAGAGUCCAAACAGUGGCACAAACAGCCAGCAAAGAGUGCCAAACAUCCUCUCCAUAUACCAUAAUGUUGCCUUACAAAUUUUUAGAAGAUGUGAUGUCUGCACUUUUAUCAAAAAUUUUCUCCAUCUCCAAAGCACCAACAUGUGAAGAAGACCUGUUCACAGACCUCAAUUUCCUUCACAUGAAGUUAGUAAGUACUGUUGCAGCAGAGAUGGCCAAAGAUGAAGAUAUGAUUAUACACUAUGUAGAAUCUUUACAUCCGAAUGAUGAUGAAAUCAUUCAAAUAGUGGUUCAGACAAUAUAUAAUAAUCUCUUGCCACAGUUUGGAUCCCAAGAGGUCAUACAAAAUUGUAUAAUCAGCGAGUGCAAACUCCUUUCACAAACCAUAGUUGACUUAGUUCUCCGAGAAGUGGCUGGCAAUCAGUUGCAGAACUAUUUUUGUGGUGAGUUAACACCUUAUCAGUGUGCAGAAGUGGACAAUGUUGUGGAAAAUAUCCUUAGAAAUGUUAUGUAUACUACCCCAACCCAGCCUUUAUGUGCACGUAAACUAUCAUAUAAUAUAAUAGAGGAAAUUACUGUAAAAUUUUUGUCGAAGCUUUUAGCUAUGUUUCCAAAAGUGCAUACAGAAAGAACCAAAUCUCAAGAAAGUGAAAUGCAAAAUAUAACUUCAAAAAUAUUAAACUCAGUACAAGAGUUUAUAUCCAAAAGUAAGAUUAAAAUUGUACAACCAACCAAGGAAUCAGCUUCUGUGCCUUUAGCUGACAAAGCAACAAUUGAAAAAGUUGUCAACUCUGUUUAUAGCAAUGUGCUAAAACACUCUGGCUCUCAUACGUCUGUAUUUAAUGAUUUAAUGGGUAAGAGCAAUAUCCUUUCUGACAUUAUAGGUUUCUUAAUGGUGAAGGAAAUUUCCAAUUCUGAAUUCCAACCUCAACUGGAGGAAGAAGUUUCAAGUACAGAGUUAGUUCUAGAAGCUGUCAAAAUUAUGGAAAAAGUAGUCAAGAUUAUUGAUGAUCUGAAGUCCAAGGAAAAGUCUUCAUCUGUAAAAUGUUCAAUGUUAGAUGCCAGAAUUUUAGAGGAAGCCUUGGCUUUGUUCUUGGCUAAACUAGUCAGGACUCCCAGUGUUGCCAGGAAAGAUGGUGACAACAUGAUGAAACAUGAGUUAAAUAAAGUCGCAUCUCAACUGACAAAAUCUGUAACAGCUGAAAUUUCCAGAAGCAAUAUUAGUCUUGUAGGAUCUAAUCCUGAAGAAGAUUCUUUAAAUCCAGACAAUAUGGAAAUGGUUUCUCAGGUAGUAGAUUCUAUUUAUAGUAAUUUAUUACAAAAAUCUGGAAACUGUAAUGAAUUUUAUGAUAUAAAGGAUACAAUGAAGGCUUUCCCUAAAAAAGUAGCUAGCUUAAUUGUUGAUGGGGUGUCACAUGUUGUAUCAAAUACAGUUAGCACAAAGAAUUCAUAUGAUGAUUCAUCUGGAAGUCUCGACACUCAUAGAAUUAUUGAAAAGGCACAAAAGCAUGCUGCAAAAAUGAUUCCUGGCCUCAGCAGAGAUGAGGCAAAUGACACUCUGUUAGAAGAGGAAUUACCAGUUAAAAUAGUUCCACAUAUUGGAAAAAAGCCAAUCAAAAUAGAUCCAGAUAUUCUUUCUAAACACUUAGCUGUUCUUUCUAUAAAAACGGAGCCUAUUGAGAAACUCAAAACAGAAUGCAUUAGACGAACUGGAUGUAGCAUAACAGAGCUGAGAAGAGCAUCAAUCAGUGGGAAAAGUCCCUCCUCUGCUGACACCUCUGAUUUACAACAAAGAAAGAAAGAAAGACGUACUUCAUUGGAUAAGACAGGACGACUAGAUGUAAGACCAUUUGAGGCUGUUGGCAGAAAUUCAUUUCAGAAUGUAAGAAAGCCUGAUAUCACCAGGGUAGAGCUUUUAAAAGACAUUCAAAACAAAAAGGAACUGAUCAUUCGGUUAGUAGCUCAUGAUAUUCUUCAAGAAACUUCAGACAAUACAGAAAGAGAUGGUAUGGUUUCUGAUGAAGAAGAAAUUGUUUUAGGAGAGAUCAUUGCGCCAGAAAGCAUAAUGGCACUAUCUGAAAUACGUGUGAAAGAAGUUGCAAAGCCCAUAGAAACCAAAGUUGUUUCCCCUAAGCCAAACAUAAGCAUGAGCAGCCUGAAGAAAUUUUUAUCACUAAGCAAAUGCUGCCAGGCUACAAAUGGUACAGAUGCUGAAUGUCCUGAAGCAACCUUAGACCAGAUCAUAGAAUCAACCAACACACAGGUUAAAAGAGCUGUGGCUGAAGUUGGCAUGCCCUCGACAAAGAACAUGGCAGAAACACAUUUUUCUAGAGAGAGCAAGUCACAGAGUAAGAGAGAACAAAGUCUUGUUCCUGAACCAACACAUUAUUUCAUACACAGAAUUAUGAGUUCAUCUUCAUACAAUCAAGAAGAUCUUAUUUCAUCUGUAAGUGAGGGAGAAGAGUUUGAUCUGGAUGUAUUACAAGAAAUUUCCCAAGAAGAAAAGGUAGAUAAUGCAAGCACUGUUAAGUUUGUCACCAUAUUUGAAGGAUCCAAGAAUGCUUGUGCCAAUCCACAUCCUCCAAAGGAACACAUUCCAGAAGUACCCAAGACCAGUAUUUCCAAACAAGGUUCAAAAAUGCUGGCAAAGGUAUCCUCAACACUGUCAAAAGUCUUUUCCCGAUCUAAUAGCAAUAUUCCCAAAUCUUCCUCACCACCUCAUCAGAAAAGUCCCUGAAGUUCCUAUA